GUCCCCACCCCCGCCGCCGCUGCCGCGAACCCCGUGCUGCUACUUUGCUCCACCUCCAACUGCGCGUCGUGCACCUCGUUCGCGACCACCAACCUCGGGUUCGGCAACUGCUUCUUCGCAGGCAACUUCGUCUCGGUUGGGAUCAGCAACCCGAAUAACGUUUUCCACGUGGAUAUCGACAUCGCGCCCGCCAACUGUACCAACUGGGUCGAGAUCCCGCAGGACAACGUCUGUUUCAACAUCAAUGGAGGGCCGUUCACGCAGUAC